AUGCGCGGUGAGAUCGACUGCAAGGCACCGGGCCUUCAGCUUCUGAGACACAAAGCGUUGGAGAAGCUGCAGUCAUGGCCUAGUCACGAGUUUCUGCAUAUGAAGCGAGAGUGGAAUCAGAGCGCAGAUCGACUAGCCAGCACAGCAUUGCAGAGCGAAAAGGGAAGAACGGUUGUAGCUGAAGAGGAUCGGCAAGAUCUGAUGACUCUGAACCGUCUCGAUGAAUUGUUGAAGCCCAAGCAAGAUGGUCAGCUAGCUCGGGUAACUGCGAUCGCGAGAUCAGCCAGGAGGAUACGUCAUGAACCUGAAGUGAUACAGGAGGAGAUAGUACAGAGGAUCAGGAUUCAACGAAUUGUCCAAGCUCAAGAUGAAGAGCGUUGGAUUGUCAAUCUCAAGACACAUCUAAGUGGCGAUGUAUCAAACUUGGAUGCGGUAGAAGUGAAAAUGUGCGCCAAACUGGCGCCGGAAUACGAGAUCGAUGAGAACAAUCUGCUAUUUUUUUGCCCCAUGGCGAAAAGAGAGUCGGAAGAUCGCGAUGGUUUGAUGCGGUUGGUGAUCCCUGAGAUGUUGCAGCAGGAUUUUUUGCAUCACUAUCACACGAGUCUGGAAGGAGGCCAUCAGGGUAUUGGCCGAACCUAUCAGAGGAUCAGAUCGCGAUUUCAUUGGAGAGGACUGUAUCGGAGCGUUCAACGAUAUGUGGGCGAAUGUACCGACUGUGAUACCGGGAAAGGAAACCCGAUGAUUCAUGGGAAAUCCCCGGGCAAUCUACACGCAACCUAUCCAUUCCAGAUCAUCGCCAUGGAUCAUAUACCGUCGUUGCCCAAGUCCAUCAAGGGGAACACCGAACUGCUCAUUUGGGUCGACCUUUUCUCGGGAUAUGUGAUUGCAAAGGCUAGCUCCUCUCGGACGGCACAAACAAUAGCGGAGAAUUACGAAGAUUGUGUGUUUCGACGCUUCGGAGCUAGCGAGGCUAUCAGGCACGAUCGAGAACCGGGAUUUAUGUCCGACUUCUUUCGAGCCUUCAGUCGGAUCGUAGGACAAAAACAGCGUGCUACUAUGGCUUACAGGCCACAAGCAAAUGGAACAGCCGAACGAAUGGUGCAAACCCUGACACAUUCGCUCAAGAUGUACGUGGCUGAAGUUGACCAGCGAGACUGGGAUGAGUAUGCUGAGCGGCUCACAUUUGCCAUUAACACUGCACAAGAUCGGAUCCGGGGGGAUACCCCAUUUUAUCUGAUUCAUGGGUGGGACCCGCGAUCGACUUUGGAGGCUACGCUACCAGUGGGAAAUACGGGGACACGAGAUCGCGAUCCAAAGAGGUGGAGAUACAAAAUUUAA